GUAUUCCAAUAAAAAAAAAAUAAAUAAAAGGCACUUUAUUAACCAUCAUGGUAUCUAAACUUAUGUGAUCAAUCUUGAUGAGGCCAACAUGUAAACUCUAAUUUUAACUUCGUUGCCGUUUGUCAUUCAAUUAGUACGUUGAAUCUAAAAAUGUUGUUUUCAAUGCCUAAGUUAAUUCUGCCUGCUACAUAUUUUCAAGUUACCCUUUGAAGGUUUCCCGCACAUAUUUAGCUGUGUUAUGGUGACAGCUAUGUGCCCACAGGACGAUACAUGAGUAUGUACAUUUGGCCAGCUUCGCCGUAUAAAUUUUUUUUUAUCUAGAAAAAAGGUUGCAUUGAUAAAUUGUGUACAUAUUAUACAAAUAGUAAUAAUAUUACAUCAUAAUAUUUACAGCUAUGUUGCUCAUAGAUGAUAAUUCGACCCAGACACAGUCAGGGACCAUUAUGAGGCUUGCAGGUACAGUAUCGUCCACGCAACCCAUAAGCGCUAAACGACGAUAUUAAAUAGUAUGUUAAUUGGGUUGUUCUAUCGAAGUGGUCAAUAUCAACGGGGUGCUAUUUAGUGGUGACGAAAUAUAAGGUUUUUCUUUCGACUCCGUUACCGUAAUUUUGUACUUAUCAUUCCAUGCCGAUGCGCUCUUCCCAGACGAGAUCGCUCGUUUUAGAUUGCUAGGUUAUGGUGGCGGUAGUGACUUGUGUACGUUCGUCUUUCCUUAGGACAUACCCUUUCCAGCCCUAUUCUGUCGCGUCUGGUCCGCGGUAGCCGGAGAGACUGCCAGGCGGCUAGACUAGUAACCAGGCCUUCUUGCCGCCGUUCUGCCGUUUCUUUUGUUUGCGUUACCGUAAACAGAGCACUCGAGUGAAGCCUGUACGAAAACGGUUUGUGGCGCCCGAUAGGCGAGUGGGCCCCGCCAGGCCAUUGCUGCCCUACUUUUGUUUUCGGAUGAAACUGAUUCCUUAUAACUGGGCUCUGUAUGUGCCUGUUUCCCUGCAAUCAGGCCUAGUAAAAUUUUCCGCUGGAGAGAAAUUUACGGAAAGACAGUUAUAACUUGACAGACAGUUGCGCCAUGCUGCGUCGCGUCGCCGAUCGGCAGCAAAAGCUAAGGCCUUGCUCUGUUCAGGUAUGGCGUUCCUAGGAUAGCUCAUCAUCCAGGAUGGAGUCGUCAUUGUUGUUCGAUGAACUGGCUGAGGUGCCGUUGCUAGCGAAAAUGUACACAGCAUAAUACGUGUUUGCUAUUUCGUUACCGUCGUCGUCCUGUUUAUCUCCCUUUUUUCCAUUUACGGUUCUUCGAUAAUGACGCACGUAAUACUGAUGACAACAACAUGAUGAAAAAACAUCCCAUGCACGCACGCGCAAACCUUAUCAAAUCGGACGGGCCGGCUCAUUACUCAGAUCACCAGAUGUCAUACUGCCAGCCUGAGGCGGCGUGGCGACCCCAAUGCUGUCCAUGGAAAUCAUAGUAAUGUGCGCUGUUGUCACUAAAACAUGGGGUAUCAAUGGCGUGCCGAAAUCGUUCAUUUUGAUAGAGAUAUCUCUCCAUCUCUUCGUGCAAUGCCAUGCAAUUAAUAUAUGUAGCGUAGGUCGUGAACAGUACCUAAACUCGGUCGAGUGCGCGUUAAUCUAACAGCUCGCAUAGUAUCACCGUAAGGUCACUUAGCUACUACCCCUAGUGACCAAGUAGGUCGUUGUUGGAUGCUAACUUUAUUGUAGACAGGUACUUUUCUCUAACGCAUUUAGGCUCGUUAGCAUAACGGCACGUCGUCCGGCCGUGAUUGCAAAACAAACCCGUCGGUAAACCUGUGCACGAAAACUGCUUACUGUGAUACACGGUUAAAGUAGUUAUUGUAGGUAACGAUGUGUACUCGUGAAAAUGUGCUAAGUUGUGGUAUAACUUUUCCUAAGGAAGUGAUGAAGACGACUGGUACAAAGUAUAUGAAAAGCUUCAAGCCAAGGGCCCGACACACACAAGUACAGACGGAGAAAUCACAUCGGAUUAAUCAGGGCGAUUUCUGCUUCGUCUGUAAAGAAGAUAGUUUCUUAACGCUAUCCAUCUGAACCAGAAGGACUAGAGAAGCGUGGCUUUCCAUCAUCGUCCAUCUGUCGUUUACCUAUUGAAUUCUCAGUAUCAUAAAACGCAGUAGCGAUAAGAAUCAGAAUGCGAAUGGACGUGAGCGACGUAAUUGGCUCGUUCGGCCUAUAUCAUUUCAUUGUGCUCCUGGUGACGGUGCUCCGAGCCCUGCCUUCAGCAUGGACACUGACAGGAAUUGAUUUUAUCUCGGGAGAUGUUCCAUUCAGAUGUGCGUACGAUGAAGACACUUGGUACCUCAUUAAAAAGAAUCAUUCGUUAGAGCGAUAUUUAAAGAACAACUGCUCAAAAUUUCAUAUACAAAUAGACCACAAGGGUGAGUUAGUUCUCCUGAACAUCUCUGCUCCGCUAAAAUGUCCAAAGUUCGCGUUCGACAAACCUGAUACCGCCUAUGGCUGGUCCGUCGUUGAAGAAUGGUCGUUGGUCUGCGACCGGCAUUUGAUGGGAUCGGCGAUGCAAAGCAUCGUGUUCGCCGGAUCGUUCGUCGGAGCGAUUAUUUUCGGUCUCGUAGCCGAUUGGCAGGGCCGUCGGCGUAGUUUGCUAGUGAGCACCGUCACCUUUGCAGGAUUCGCGAUGAUAUCGGCGACUCAGAAAUCUUUCUGGCUCUUCAACACGUUCCGUUUCUUUCAAGCCGCUGCGGUAGCUGGUAUACAGAUCACAGCAUCAGCCCUUUUUAUGGAGCUUCUUCUACCAAGAGAUCGAUACCUCUUCAACGUGGGGUUCUCGAUAGGCUUUGCGGUGUGUACGGUGCCGAUUCCUUAUGUUACCAUGGCACUAAAUUCGUGGCAAUUGUUCCAACUCGUUACGGGCCUGUGUGCCCUUUGCAUCCUCCUGCCUCUAUUAGUUGUCGAGGAGUCUCCUCGUUGGCUCGUCAGCCAGAAGCGAACGCUCGAAGCUCGUGAGGUGCUCAACUCAAUAUUCACGACAAAUCGAAGGAUUGUGUCUAAUUUCAGCUAUCUGAUGUCCAAUCUCGUCGAGCAAACUCAUAACAGAGAAAUUGAAGGAAUCUUCCGUCUGCUGGGUCAUGGUCGAUUACGAAUUCAACUUUCGCUCAUACUACUAUACUGGCUUAUCGAGAACGGCAUCUACUAUGCUGAGAUUUUUCUCUCGUCUCAUAUUCGAGAUACAGACCAUAAGUUGGCAUUUGCAAUUAACGCCGCAGCGGAGAUUCCAGCUGGGCUCAUCGGAAUGAUCUUCCUGCGCUAUUUCAACCGCCGUUCCUCCAUGGCGUCAUCCCUAGCAGUAGGCUCUGCCUGUGCGAUCGUUGCGGCAGCGAUACCGAUUCAAGAUGCUUUGUAUUCGCUUGUCCUAAGUGGUCUCACUCGCUUCUUCUUAACGCUAGCAACGUCGAUUAAAUGGGUCUACACACUUGAGCUGAUGCCGACCAAUAUACGAUCGCUUGGAUUUGCUAUGGCUUUUGCGAUGGGUCGCAUCGGAGGAAUAUUUGCGCCGUACAUUCGGGAUAUGGCCAUCAGUUCGCCCGAAAACCAAAAAUGGUGCUUUGUCAUAAUCAGCGUAGGUUCGCUUUGCGCGACGAUGCUAGUGUUCUUCCUGCCGGAAACGAUCAAUGCCCAAUUGCCUGACAGUUUCUUUGAAACCUUCCGACGACAACGAAGGAGACGGGGUCAGUCGAUACCACGGACCUAAGCCAUAAGGAACGUAAGCUAUACAGUAGUACUAUUUCUAUGUAUUGAAGUACGAUUUCAUGAUGACCACAAUAUCGUCUUUCUCACUAUCAUCAGCCAAAGGUCUUCAUUAAGAAAUUGUAUUUAUCGAGAGAAGGAAAAGUGUGCUAAACGUUGCAUGUAGAAUCCUGCUGGUACGAAUACGGGAUAAAAUUGUCGAUACGUCGUUGGGAAUCUGCCCAGAUUCCAGCAUAUCAAAUACUGGCCUGAGCUAGCCUUAAUGGUGGGAUGAAUUGCCCUCUUGCUACAAAUGCUGUCAUUCGUUUUGUGACUUUUUUUUUUUGUAGGGAUAACAUAGGCUAUCUUUUCGGAGUCGAAAUUAUUCCGACGUUUCCACCUUAAUCGAAAUAAUCCACAAGGUACUUUUCAAAAACUGAAUAUGUACAAAAACGUUGAUUUUUCUUCGCUUUAUUAUUGAACUAUCUUUAAGAUAAUUUGGUAUAAACCAAUACAUAGCAAGGCUAAGCGAGUUAAAUUAUUGAAAACGUGCACUAGCUUUAGAAAUGAUGGCAGGAAGUAAUUGAUCCGUUUCGUAUGAAUUUUCUAAUGAUCAAAAUUCUAACUAGCGGCCGUGCACCUUAAGUAUUCGUUAUCACAUACCCUUAGCGUUAUUUCAGUUACUAGACAAUGUUAUUUGAUGGGUAACACUUCGAUGAGCAUGUUAAAUAUGGCGCCUUGUAAGCACAACGAAAUUUAUAUUGUAUGCAUGCAAGGCUUUCUGUUUGUCCUAAGCCGCCCGACAUUAACUGAUAUACAGUACUACUUAUUCAGACAGACGACCGUAGUCCUUCAUCAUCAGAUAGUGAGCAGCAAUUACGAUAGUGUCGCUAUUGGCGUUAAACAUCGCGCAACGAGAUAAGGCCUGCUUGCGCAAAAUCUGUUACACGCGCUGCCAAAAUGAGGGAUACAUGCCAAGUUAAUGGAUUACUCAGGUCCUAUGGAUAUAACCGCGGUGACUAGUGAAGCCUUUUCCCUGAUUUAUACUCGAAAUUAACUUAUUUGGAGUAAAACAGUACUUUACACUGAACGAUUGAAAAGAAACUAUUCUGGCUUGUAUUCCUUUUUUUUCUUUUUUUUUUUUUUUUCAUUCAACAUAGUUCUGCUGGGCAACAGCUCAACUUACUAACUAAGCUCCCAAAUAUGAAAUGUAAAUAUCGAAAAAUUGCUUUAUUGCCAAUUAGCCUGCAGAAUGUUUAGGUUCUAUUCGUUAGCUUGUCGCGGCUGGCCGUUACCUUAAAGCGUAAUAGAAAAUUGGUGAUGAGUUGAUACAUAUACACAAUCCUUGAUGGCUAUGAUACAGCGAGGGCUUGCAAGUUUGAUAGGUUAUAAUAUAAUUCAGCUUCAAGUUACUUUUGUAUGAUUUAUUGAAAGAGAAUCACGUCUAUCUCGUAACCUAGCUAGCUAUAAGUAGCAUUUCUGGCUGCUGUCCGAAAGAAGUUUUUGCCCGGAUUCUGGACUCGUUCUGAUCUCGUUCAUGGUUCUUUGGGUCAAAGCGCCCUUUUCUAGUUCGUACAUUAAAAGCUGCUUUCUUUGGGUACUAAAUAUGUAUCACGCCGGUAAGGAAGUCCUGGCAAUUUUCAGUGCAUGAUCGAAUAAAGUGUACAGCGGGCGAAAAACCUCAUCUACGUCUUCGCCUUCAAGGAACUUCCUAGCACACAAGUUGAGAUAGUAAAGUUUUUGAACGCACCAUCUUAAACGACCCAGUGCAAGUAAAAUGCUCAAACGGGCUUGUGCUGGGAUUUAAUUCUGUGUGUCAAAAAAAGUACAUGACGAGCAGGGGGACGGACAUCGUCAGAAACGUUAUUGGAGCCUAUUUAUAUAAACAUGUGUAAGCAGAUUAAUUAUUUGAAAAUAGAGUAGUACAUGAUGAUAUAAAAUGCUAUGACAGCGUAUACAUAAUCAUUCCCUUUGUUCCCAUCCAUCGCGUCGCCAUAUAUAUAAAUUUUUAACGUCUCGAAAAAUUCUCAGCUUAAAUGCCGCGUUAUUUCCGAAUGGCGUUGGUAGAAAUGAGGCAGCAUCGGCAUCUAUGAUGUAUAUUACUACGAUAACACUGAACUUACCAAAAAUGAAAGGACUCUCACUAGGCUGUUAAGUUCAUUUUAGGCUGUCUAGUGAAUGAUACACCGGUGAGCUAAUCUUUACAAAGGAUUUUCGAAUUGAUGCCGUUACAGGUGUGUAAAAAAGCUGUAAUUUUUAACCGAAUCUUUUGUGUGUUGUCAAAAAUGCGGGUCUAACUAUAAAAUAGUUCCCUAUCAUAUAGGUACAAAUAAAUAUGCUCAUAACUAAUGGGCUGUUUUAUUUAAUCGGUAAAAAUUGAAACUUGGUUGCGAACCAGUAAUCGACAAUGCGGUCACCCAACCGAGCUUACUAAAUCCAAUGCUAGGUUCAUCUAUGACUUCAAAUAGAUAGGACAUAAAUGACACCUAUUUUAUUACCAUUUAUGAAAAUUAGUAAUCGUCUGAAAAAAAAAUUAUGAAUACUACUAUAGCUAUUGAAAUAGGACAGGACAUUAUUGGUCGGCGAAACCUAUGGUGUUAUACUCAACUCUUCGAUUUUCAUUUGAGGUAUCGAUAUUCAGUUAUGAGUGCUUUCAAACAGCUAACGUAUAGUCGGAUAUAUCCGACGAGACAAGCAGUGAAUUAAAUGAUAUAUAAAGUAUAACCGUAACUUGUGCCGACUACCGCUCGAGGGAGGUGCAAUAUGAUAAGGUCGCAAUGGUAAGCAUGCGUAUAGACGAAACAAAAACAUAUAUACAUGUGGUCCGUAUUUUUCGGCGCGCGACCAAAUGUGUUAAGCAAUUGUUUUAGUAAAAAGUCAAAUGGCAUUAAAAAUUCCAGAUCAAUCCAAUGGCAUUCGGCUUUCCGGACUUUCCUAAUGGGACAAUCAGUGGUAAUUAGGGACUAAUCGACCUGAUACGCUCGUCGAAAAAAAAAAAAAAGUACUGUCCAUUAUAAUUUGGCCUGUUCGAUAUGUAGUCUAUUAAUAGGUUAAGUUAGUUAUUUAUUAAGUAUUCACAACGAGAAUGUGCCAAUAAUAAAAAGAAAAACGUAACAAAAAUUGCACCUUUACGAGAGGAAAAAAUCGACCAUUCUUUCUUAUUUUAAAUCCCUAUAUCCUAACUCGUACAUUUUGUACCCGUUCGAUUCUAUCAAUAAAAUGAGCGCGCGUUUAUUUACGAUGUCAAUUUAUUUAAAAUCGACAUUUGUAGUGAAGAUGCGUCAUCGUUGCAAUUUCAUGAACGAACAAUGAUGGAUUCCUGCGAUAACACUUUGGUGAUGCCCAAUAGUUGUUUGCCAUAAUGACUGAAUUCAGAUCUGAGCCAAGUAAAGGAUCAGUAAACCAAUCGUAGGAUUUACACGCUAAUCUGCCGAGCUGAUAACGACCGUGUUCCUCACUUGGCCUAUGAAAAUCUCGGCUACCUUAUCACAGGAGGUA